AUGCCAUGCUUCGGGAAGGGCACGUCAACGACUCGCUAUGGAGAGUGUCUCUUGCCCACUAAUGCCAAUCUUCACGCCCUUCUUGAAGCUGCAGGGCGCAUCAACUACCACAUAGUCUUGCAGGGAACAAAGUCCAGGAAGACGUACGUGAGGCAGCUCAGUAAUGGCACACUCAUCAUUUGUGUUGAGAAACUUCCAUCGCGGAACGUUGGAGGCGUCGGAUUUGUCGACUCACCUGUUUUUCAUGUUGUCGAUUUGCAUGAGAUCCUAUCACCGCCUGUCUGCCCUUCGACUCCGUCCUCUGCAACAGAAUACUAUUACUAUCGUUAA